CCCGUGUCGGGCUCAUGGGUGCUCCCUGUGUCAGGCUCAUGGGUGCUGUGUCCCCGUGUCGGGCUCGUGGGUGCCGUGUCCCCGGCUGCUCAGAGGGUUAUCACUGAUCAGCGCGCGCCAUCCGCGCCUGACGGGGAGAAUGUGUCUCCCGUGUUCCGUGUGGGCUCCGUGCUGCAGAGGCCCCCUGUGCUCCGUGGACAGUGUGGUGCGGAGCCCAUGGAGAGACACUGGCAGCCCCUUGUCUUCCUCUGGCGCUUGGCCCCGCCUCUCCUCUCUGUCACCCUGCCUGGCUUCUAGGGGGUUGUCUUCUCUGAAGCUCACGGCUAACCUGAGGCCCAUUCGCUGUGCUGCUCUGAUUAUCCGGCCUUGCCCGGUGCAGGGGCGCUCAGGGACACCCCCACUGGAAAGGGGCUCCCAUGGGCCUCCCCGAGAAGCUCUGCCGGCGUCUACAGGGACAGAUCCGUGUCCUGCCCUGCCCUGCCCUGCUCUGUUGUAAACCAGAGUGGAGGCGCCGCCCCUCGCCCCAUCACAUACGUCUUAAGGAGGAAGCGGGCUCGCUGCAGAGGCACGUGGGGCCUUCGGGGAGGUUGUUCUUGGUUUCCCCUGCACGUAGGGACGUUCCUGAGGUGGCCGUGCCCCCUGUGGCGUGAUCACCACAUCCCGCGUGGGAGUGCGGGUGGGGAGGCCGCGGCCCUGGAGCUCCCUGUGCCUGGAGGGUCCUGCCGACCUGCCGCUGCCCCCAGGGGGCGCCGCUGUGCACACCUGCUCCCUCACCACAGCAUUGGUUCCACGGCCGCGUCUGUUCUAAGCCGCCAUCUGCACUCUGCGCUGGGAGUGCAUUAGUCACUGUGGGAACCGUGGCGUCGCUGGUGGGGGUGAGGGUUCGUCCCGUCCACAAGGGCAGUGAGAGAAUUUCACUUCGUGGCUGGGGACCCACAGGGCGCUCCGGCGAGGCAGAGGCUUCCGCGGUGAGCUGUCGUGGUGCAGGCCUGAAAAUCCACAUCUGUGUUCAGGUUGUGAAUGAAAACGUGGCUGAAAAUUAAGAAAUGAAUACAAGAGAGAGAAAAGGGAAGGUGGGGGGAUCCCGUGUGGCUGCUCCUGGCCCGCUAGGCCUGUCUCUGAAGGUGGCCCUGCCCACCUGGGUGCACCGGUGCCUGGCCCAGGCGUAGGCUGGAUGAGCCCGCGGCCCCCCUCCUCUGGGGUCUAUCUCUGGCUUUUUGGCUGCGGCCGCUCCAGGCAGUGGCCACUGGGUUCUGGUGCGCAGUCAGACCCUGACCGAGACCCCGAGGGGGCGUCGGUGGUGCCGGGGCUGUGACAGAGACUCCCGGUGACUGCCGUCACGUGUGGCAGCAGGGGCGGCACGGAGGCUGUGGGGUGGAACCUGGGCUCUUUGCCAGGUGGGCGGGCUCUGCGCAGGACAUCUGCAUGAAGCCGGCCACCCUCCCCCCCUUCCCGUGUCUCAGAGGAGGAAGAGCCGUGCACGGACCGGUGUGCCCCUGCCACCCGCUCAGCCGCUGGCCCCUUGAGGGACGUGUGGGCGGUGCUUUUCCCGAUGCAGGUGCUGGCAGCAGGGCCCAGGCUGCCCGUUCCCUGCAGGGAGGACAGCAGGCUCUGCAAAGGGACGGCUCGGCCACUGGUGAGAACAGGGGCGUCCGUGGCCUCUCGGGUGGGGCUGGUGUCCGAUGCACGCAGCGGCCGCAGCACUGUGAGGUCUGCAUUUGUCCUGCAGGAGCUGAGAAGGCUCCAUCCUGCACGGCCGAGGGGGCCAGCGCCACUUCCGUCCUGCGGGGCCCCGAGACCCUGGUGGGGGACGGAAACCCCAGCUCUCUCUCUGGGGCAGGGCGUGGAGGAAGUCCCUUCUGUGGGCUCACCGGUCACUUGCUGCUGAGAAGUGUUCCGCUCGGCCGUCCCCCACGCGUGCUCUGGGGUUGUGUGACCGCCGGACAGUAGCCCCGAGCCCUCCCGCACGUCCCAGCCACAGGUCCCUGUUUCUCCGUAGGGUUCAUCGGGAGUGGGCGGAGCUGUCAGGCCCAGCGGUUGGACGUUGCUCUUCCCACAGAGAUCGGUCAUUUCCCCAUCUUCUGACCCCUGGCCCCGCCUCCAGCCUCCCCCACUGCCUCAGCCAUGCACCUGGAGAGCGCCGGGUUGGGCACUGGACCUGGACCUGUAAAAGCCACUCAGGGGAACUUGGUUUGGAAGCGUCUGUCACUCAGCGGUCAGCACUUGGACUUGCUGUCCGGGCUGGGCAGGGGCGCCGGCCCCCUGAGGAGUCAGUCGGUCCGGUUCCUCUCUCGCGGGGCCGCCUUUGCAGUGGACCCUGUUGGGACACAGAAGCCCUGAGGUCGGCGCCUCCCAGCACAGCUGCCACUUUCUGGAGAGCUCAACCCUCGGCAGCAGCGACGCCACAUGUCGGCAAACGUCCUGCCCGUGUACGGCGUCGGGCGGGCUGCAGUGGCCAUGCUGGCGAGCGAGGGGCGGUGCCGCGGUGCAGCUGAGCAGGCGUCCAGGCCCCUGGCUGGGCAGGUGAGAGGGAAGCAGCACCCGCCCUGCCUUCCAGAGCCAGCGCCCUGUGUGCUCGCUGGUCUUGAGGUUCACGCAUGCUUCAAGGCGGGGUCACGGCGAAGCACCUGCCCCUCAGUUGCUGUGUGUGCAGCCGGCUAUCACUCACUCCACCCCCAUGGGAUGCGUCCUUUGUGAGAUGGGUGCCGAGACCCGGGGACUUGUUGCUUGCUGUGUCAGCGGGGGCUUGGGCCCGGGGGACGCCAGUCUGGGACCAGAGCAUCCAGUCCUUGCCCAGCCUGGGGUGGCCCACUGGGCACUGCCUCACCUGGGCACCCUGAGACGCCUGAGACCCGGAGUCUGCAGCCCACGGCUCCUGCACCUCCAGGCACACAGCUGCCCUGUGCAGGGCUCGCCCUGCUCCGUUCCCUGCAGUUUGGCCUCUUUUAUGCCUUUGAUCACACUUGAAACAGCUGCGGGUUUUAAAUGCCAGCUUUUGAUUGACAGCCCUCAGUGACCACGCAGGCAACCCGUGGUCUCACAGCUACUCCUCGUACGCCAUGUAUGCAGGAGUUCCGGUUCCAGCCGCUCUUGGAGGCAGCCUUGUGUUCGUCCUCUCCACGUUCCAGCUCAGCGGGAUCCCGCCGCACGCACCCUGUGCAUCCUGCACUUCGAUGUCCGACCCUCGUCCCCUGCCCUCCUAGCACUGAGACGCAGGGGACAGCGGGGGGGGUGGCAGGGUGCACUCGGUCAGCCAGCUGCAGAAGCUCUCCCGGGCCAGGGGCAGGGUGUUGUCUCUGCUUCUGGUUCCAGCUUCCUGCUGGUGGGCGUGUGCCCUGGAGGCUGUGGAGCUGGCUCAGGUGCCGGGGCCCUGCCACCGACGUGGGAGAUGCAGGAGGAGGCCUGGCUCCCGACUUCACCUGGCCCAGCCCUGGCUGCGGGGGCAGUCGGGGAGUGAACCAGUGGAUGGAAGACCUCUCUCCUCUCAACCUUUCAAAUAAAAUGAAAAUAAAUAUUGAUUAAUUUUAAAAACUAAUUGUUUUAAAUAUAAAAGCAAACUUUAACCCCGUGGCAUCACGUGCAGAGUUUCAUUACCAAUCAGUGGUGCAGCGAGAGUGAUCGGAGCAUUGACCCCGGUUUCCAGGCUUUGUGGGCUAAUCUGUUCAGCCCUUGCAAGAUCCUGUGGAACAGGCACGGCCAUUCCACCUCGAGCAUCCUCUGUUCCAAGUGCUGGACCAGGGCCAUCUUGGAUUGUGACAGAGUUGGACAUUUGUGUAGAUUUUACCCACCUGUUGCUCUGUGUCACAGCUCAGGGUCUCCGUUCUCGGUUAGGGGCUCCUGGCCGCGUCUCCGUGUCACAGGUGCGGUUUUCUGAGGUCCUGGGUGGGGGCUCACCUGCUUCUCUGUGCUGUGUCACCGGUGAGCGUCUCUGGUCCGAGGCAUUAGGGGCCUCCCUGCCGUGUGGGUGAAGGUGGACGUGAGGCAGCAGGUGCUCUGACGCCACAGCCUUUCGUCCACAACGAUGACAGACCCUGUUCUUGGUCCCCCAGCGGUGCCAUGCCAGUCACAGGAAAUCAUGAGGUAUCUGACUUUUAGUAUUAAAUGGGAUUUAAGUGAUUUUCACAACUUCCAUCAUUCUAGAAGGUUCAGGUGAGUAGGCUUUGAUUCCGAUUUUGACACUUUGUUUUCCACGUCAUCAGGUUGGUUGAACUUCGCGUUUUUUCCGGCUGACUCUGCGCCAGGCCUGUGCGAAUCACUUCACUCUCGAUGGCCCUGUUCCUUCGUGCCCCAGGCUGGUCGCUGUCGGCCCUGGUUGCUGGGCUCCAGUAGCCAGAGCCCUUCCGGGAAGCCCCCCACCCCGUCCCGCAGCAGGCGCCUGGUGCGGCUCCUCUGGUCCAUGCUGCUUCUGUGGGGAGCAGCGGCUCCACCCCAUGGGGACAAAGUGGGGGUGCCGAGCCUGCCCCUGUGCCCCAGGUCACCUGGUGGGGCCCGGGUGAGGCCCAGUGCCCUCGGCUCCUCUCUACAGCCUGCGCCAGGCCCGAGAACCAACGCCCACCCCCCUCCCCGCCAGGGCCCCUCCCUAGCUCACAGCCCCUUCCCCAGGCAGAGCCGGCAGUCGCUGUGAAUUCCUGAAGCCUCCUGUGGGAAGCCCGCGGCACAGGAAGAGGGCUUUGUGCCAGGGUCCCCGCGGUCCUCCUGGGCUGCACGAGCGGCCCUCGGCGGCCAGUGCAUAGCAUUUGCAGGGUGUGGACUCUGAAGCUGCCGUGAAGGUCGUCGGGCCCCCGCCCCUCCUUGGCGCCUCAGGACAGAGUCCUCUCCCUGGUGUCCGGCGGUGGGCAGAGCAGAGAGCUGGCUGCCGGGCGGAGCCAGGGCCCUGGGGCACCAGGAGGCUGAACUGGUCCCCCUUAGGUGGGAUUUGGGGCUGGCAGCUCUGGGCCGUUCCCCCAGGACCCCUACUCUUGUCUGUCCUUGCCUCGGGGGGGUUCUCCCCCAGUGAGCCGCUCGUCCCCUUGGUGCCCCGAUCGAGCCGUGGGGCGUUUUCCCCGAGUGGCACAGCCACGGCAUUCCACGUCGGAGGUGCAGAGCAGUGCACCUUGGUCUCGCUGGCUGCUCUCCUGAGCACUUGGGACUCCCACCAGGCCUGCCGGAGCCCCUGGCCCACGGCACCACCGUGGGCAGGCCAGCUCCUGCUUUAAGGUCCAUCCUGUAGAGUCGCCCACCCUGGGUGACGAGGGGCACCCUGACGUGGACCCCCGAUUUGCUUCUGGAUGCUCUGCCUUCUGAGCAGAGGUGAGACCCAGCACAGCACUGGUGCAGCUUCCACAGUUGUGACCUCGCCGGGGACCUUCGGCCAGGUGACCCCAGCACAGGUGUGACCACGCCCGAGACCCUCAGCCAGGUGACCCCAGCACAGGUGUGACCAUACCCGAGACCCUCAGCCAGGUGACCCCAGCACAGGUGUGACCUCGCCCGAGACCCUCAGCCAGGUGACCCCAGCACAGGUGUGACCUCGCCCGAGACCCUCAGCCAGGUGACCCCAGCACAGGUGUGACCACGCCCGAGACCCUCAGCCAGGUGACCCCAGCACAGGUGUGACCACGCCCGAGACCCUCAGCCAGGUGACCCCAGCACAGGUGUGACCACGCCCAAGACCCUCAGCCAGGUGACCCCAGCACAGGUGUGACCACGCCCGAGACCCUCAGCCAGGUGACCCCAGCACAGGUGUGACCUCGCCGGGGACCUUCAGCCAGGUGACCCCAGCACAGGUGUGGCCAUGACUGUGACCUCUCAGUGACCCCAGCACAGGUGUGGCCACGCCCAUGACCUCUCAGUGACCCCAGCAUAGGUGUGGCCUAGCCCGUGACCUCUCAGUGACCCCAGCACAGGUGUGGCCACACCCAUGACCUCUCAGUGACCCCAGUACAGGUGUGGCCACGCCUGUGACCUCUCAGUGACCCCAGCACAGGUGCACUCAGCCUGCUUCUGGGCGGUUUAAGGACCUCAGCUGUACACAGAAGCCCAGCAGGGGCCGGCGCCGUGGCUCACUAGGCUCAUCCUCUGCCUUGCGGCGCCGGCACACCGGGUUCUAGUCCCAGUCGGGGUGCCGGAUUCCGUCCCGGUUGCCCCUCUUCCAGGCCAGCUCUCUGCUGUGGCCCGGGAGUGCAGUGGAGGAUGGCCCAAGUGCUUGGGCCCUGCACCCCAUGGGAGACCAGGAGAAGCACCUGGCUCCUGCCAUCGGAUCAGCGUGGUGCGCCGGCCACAGCGCCGGCAGCGGUGGCCAUUGGAGGGUGAACCAAUGGCAAAGGAAGACCUUUCUCUCUGUCUCUCUCUCUCUCACUGUCCACUCUGCCUGUCAAAAAAAAAAAAAAAAAAUCCCAGCGGCCCAGCCUCACUGUGGCCAUGGCUUCCAGGCCAAACAAGGCCCAGCGUUGGCUCUCGUUAGGAAUUCUGACUGCUCAGGACCGUGGGCAUCUAACGCGCUUGCUGAGUGGCAGGUGCCAGCAGGUGCUCCCCAUUCCCUGUGGGCCUGCAGAACCCAGGCUCUGAAGGUGGCAGAAUUCUGCUGACCUGGCCCUGGGCUGGGGUGGGGGAGGGUUCAUCUGUAAAGUGUCCAGACCCCCGUUUCCCGCUGGGGUCCUUGCUGGCCUUUUGUCCUGAGAAGGCCAGGGUCAGCGUCACCGCCAUCGCCUCGUCAGUGCCACACCCAGGCCACUGCCCCGUCAGUGCCACGUCCCGCACAGAUUGAAAGAGGCUUAGAGGUCACUCGUACAGAAGCGACGCACCGUCGGGGGUUUGCUUACUCCCCGUGCAGCUGCUCCCAGAGGGCACAGGCCGUUCCCCGCUCCUGCACAGCCCACAGUCCUGGGGUCCCUCUGGGAGCUGCCCUCACCCCAUCUUCUGUGUGUGAUGAACGCCGGCAGCCACGCGGUUUAUGGGAUGCAGCUGCUGCACCUGAGGCCUCGCUCUGCCCGCGAGCCGUGUGCCGUGGACAAGUGGGUGCUCCUCUUUGAAGUGAGGUGCCAACAGCUGUGCCGCCCCCGGUGUCAGGCUUUGAUGAGACCCUGUCUGCCGACAGCACCCCCUCGCCAUGUGUGCUCCGUGCACACGGAGCCCCAAGCAGGAGAAGAAAACGCCGGCCCGCUCCAUGCCACGCGGCAGCAGCUGGCGUGGCCUGCGCUCGGCAGAGUUCAACCACAGCAGGAAGAGAGGGUUGAUUGUGCGCCUGCUUGUGGUCUGGUUUGGUUGCUCCACUAGUGAUUUGAGAAUGCCGCCUGCUGUCCAGCUGCUACACAGCGAGGGGCCGCCUGGGCUGGGCGUGGGUUCCAGGCUGCCCGGGGACCGGGCGCAUCUUGCUCUCACACCCUGGGCCACUGUCGUCUGCCUGCUCGACGCCCUGGCUCCCGUAGCUCUUCACCCACCUCACUGCCCUUGAGCAGGUCCAGGUCCGAGAGACCGGAAAGAGACCGAGGCAGUGCUGGCUCACUGCCCCGAAUGCCUGCACGGCUGGGGCUGCACCAGCUGAGCUGGGAGCUGGGGUCUCGGUCCAGGUCUCCCGCGUGCGUGGCAGGGAUCCAAGUACCCGGGGGCGCGGUAGCAGGAAGCUGGUUUGGAAGCAGGGCCGGGACUCAGGCCCAGGGCUCUGCUACGGGAGGCAGGUGUUUGGUGACGGCUCAACAGCCCCACUGUUCAGCUGUUAACAAGCAGACAGCUGGAGCGCUUAGGGCGACCCCACAGUCAGCCUGCGCGGGUUCCAGUGGCUGCUCCCCCGUCACAGGUGGCGCCGGGCACGUGGAACUUCAGCUCGUUCCUCUGCAAAGUGGAGCCGUGACAGCGCUUGUCUCACGGGGCCAAGUGAGCUUGGGAAAGACGCGCCCGUGGCCGUGCUCGGCACAGGAGCUGCUCCGUGGUAGACGCCUACUGCAGAUGGCUGGUGCUCACGCUAGGACCAGCCGCACCUCCACUGUUCUUACAGCGUCGCCCGCCGCGGCCGAGGCGACCUGGUCGGCUCCUGCACGGAGAACCUGUUCUUCCUGGGCCCGGGGUAUCACGCCGGAGACGCAUGCUCCUUCCAUAAACCAGAGUUCUCAGCCGCCGCCUGGACAGAGCCAGGGUGGGGCUCUGCUGAAACGGGUCCACCUGCAGCACCCCCAGGGUGGGGGGCUCUGCGGAAGCUGGGGUCCACCUGCAGCACCCCCAGGGUGGGGGGCUCUGCGGAAGCUGGGGUCCACCUGCAGCACCCCCAGGGUGGGGGCCUCUGCGGAAGCUGGGGUCCACCUGCAGCACCCCCAGGGUGGGGGGAUCUGCAGAAGCUGGGGUGCACCUGCAGCACCCCCAGGGUGGGGGGCUCUGCGGAAGCUGGGGUGCACCUGCAGCACCCCCAGGGUGGGGGUCUGCUGAAACGGGUCCACCUGCAGCACCCCCAGGGUGGGGGGCUCUGCAGAAGCUGGGGUCCACCUGCAGCACCCCCAGGGUGGGGGGCUCUGCGUAAGCUGGGGUGCACCUGCAGCCGUUUGAGGGCUUCCUGGUGCUCCCUCAGGCUGUUUGCCCGCUCAGCCCCAUCCCCUGAACGUCCCCGGUCUCAUCCCAGCCCCUGAAUGUCCCCGGCUCUCCUUACAGUGCCCACUGACGCUGGGCAGCAAGCUGUGUCUGUUGGGCUGAGGUGCCAGUGCUGGCUUCUGCUGUGCACGUCCUCCCUGGAAGCUUGGUUGGGGCACCUGUUGGGCUGGCCUUGUGUCACCUGUGGCAUCGUGUGGCACCUGGACUCUGCUCUCCCGUCCCGCGGGUCUGGUCUUGCUCGCACAGUAGACAAGGGAAGGCUCUCACGUUGUGCGUGUUCUCGUGGGCGCUUUGCCCAGGCCGUGAAGGUGCAAGUGUGGUAUUUAGGUUGGGUGCUUUCUCCGUGGGUUGUCUGAAUGAUUCAUUUUGCAU